AUGGGAGGACAUGACGCUGGAGCACACCACCAGUUCACUGGGAUUGCCAAGUACUUCAAUUCAUACACAAUGAUAGGGAGGAGGAAUUGUGUACUGGCCACAUACGCCACGAUAGCAGCUAUUGCCCUCUUCUUGAAAUUGAAACCCAAGAAACAGGCUGCUGUAACAGAAAAGUGAUAAUGGGUUCACAUAUUACAUAACAGAAUGGAAGAGA